AUGAGAAUACAAAAUCAAAAUUUAAACAUUUUACCUUCUAACAAUUUACUUUAUAUUGAGGGUACUAUUUCAAAAGCGGAUGGUAGUGAAACAACUAAAACAAAGCUUAUAAAUAAUGCUAUUGCAUUUUUAUUUGAUGAGAUACGCUGGUCACCUGAACAAUCAAUUCAACCACAGACUUUAUUUUUCAAUUAUUGCAUUCCGUUAAGGAGGCUUUUAGGAUUUGCAGAGGAUUACAAAAAUAUUGUACCGAAUGCAAAACAUGAACUAAUUUUGACACGUUCAAGAUCUGAUGAUAAUUCCUUACUUUGCACUGAUGCUAAUGAGAAGCCGAAAAUUCAACUGACCAAAGUGCAAUGGAGAGUACAGCAUAUCAAUUUAACUGAUACAUUGAAAUUGAAAUUGUAUAGCCAUAUUACAAAUAACUCAAAAAUAAUUUUGGCUUUCAGAAAUUGGGAAUUGUAUGAAUAUCAAUCGGUACCACAAAAUACUAAUCAUCAUAUUUGGAAUGUAAAAACAACAACUCAAUUGGAAAAGCCACGAUACAUUAUUUUUGCUCUACAAACAAAUAAACUUGAUCAAGUAACGAAGGACCCAUCAAAAUUUGAUCAUUGUAAUAUAACUAAUCUAAAAGUUUACCUUAAUUCAGAAUGCUAUCCGUAUGAAGAUAUGAAUUUACUAUUUGAAAAUAAUCGUUAUAGUAUUGCUUAUGCUGAGUACACAAGGUUUCGAAGUAGUUAUUACAAUUACCCUAUAUCUGAAGCUUUAUUAACAUUAAAGGAAUUUAAAGAAAGAGCUAUGAUUUUGAUAAUAGAUACUCGUUAUCAAAAUGAAAAUCUAAAAAUGGGACCGGUUGAUGUUCGAAUUGAAAUGAAAAGUUCAGCUGCAAUACCCGAUAAAACAACGGCUUAUUGUCUUAUGCUGCACGAUAGAUUAGAAGAAUUCACACCUUUGAAAGGUGAAGUUAAUAAAAUCGUUUAA